AUGCGUAACAUGGGCUACCAGCCUGGUCAAGGUCUUGGGACCAAUGCGCAAGGCUUGGUUGAACCGGUUGCCGUCAGUAAACAAAAAGGCCGAAGAGGGUUUGGGUUAGACACGAAGCCCUCCAAGGUUUCCAGCCUAACAAAAGUUCCUGUCCAUUCAUCUGAUCCUAAGCUAGUUUGGAAUGAGGAUCGUGAUCCGUCCCUCGAGCAAGGCGAUCGAAUCUGGCACUGGUCUAGGUUUCCCGAUGCGAAAGUCGACGGUUCACAGGGCUCUCUACAACCACCCAGUUCGCUUGUGUCAUUCAUUCUGCCUCCUAACGACCCUGAAGCAGUCGGACCCAAGAUUAAUGAUUUGAGCGCACAGAAUCAGUUUUGCUCGUUUCAUUUAAUCUCUGAGCUUCUUAAAUAUAAAAACCAGUUAGAUGACCUGUCUGAUUUGGUUGUAACUGAGAGUCAUCAGCGGUCCAAUAUCUACGAGCAGCUUAAAAAGGGGAUUUUCAUGAAUCGUGCUGCCAUGAAGUUGGCCAAUAUGGAUGCUCUGCUUGACGGGUUGAUCUCCAAUGUUACUUCGAGAAACAACACUUUAUACUUCGCAGAUAUCUGUGCUGGCCCUGGUGGAUUUUCGGAAUAUCUCUUGUGGCGUCGCUGUAACGCCACAUCUCUUCGUUCCGCUUCGGAUUCCGCUGACACCAAUGUUGAUCUUAAUUCGGCGGAUGGCGGGCUUCCCCGUCUGAACGCAAAGGGUCUUGGUUUGACCUUAUCUGGUCCAUGUGAUUUUCGUGAGGCGGACUUUAUGGCCGGACCGUCAGAAGCGUUUUGGGCGCAUUACGGACCGUCAAAUGAUGGUGACAUCACGAAGUGGGUUAACUUGUCGUCCUUCGCCGCAUGUGUAAGUCGAAGCACAAAUCGGCAUGGCGUUCACGUCGUACUGGCUGAUGGUGGUUUUGACGUAUCUAGUUACUACAAUCUGCAAGAGGUUUUGUCGAAGCGCAUCUACCUCUGUCAAUGUCUGUGCUCACUCAUCAUCUUGCAACCCGGGGGCCACUUUCUCAUGAAGUUCUUCGACACAUUCACGGAGUUCACUGCUCACCUGAUAUUUCUGAUGAGUCAUGUGUUCCGGGAAAUAAACGUCAUAAAACCAGUGACAAGUCGGCCCGCAAAUUCUGAACGAUAUCUACUUUUCAAGACAUUACUUUCUACCUCUACGCAAAUGGCAGGUUGUCCGCCUGCUCCAUCGAAAGUGCUCGGAGCAUCAGGCGAUAAUAAUGCUAACUGCACUUUUCGUCAGAGCGUCCGAAAGUCACGCACCGAUGGUCACUCCAAAACAUCCUUGGCAUUUGAAGCACAAGAGGACGAUAAGGAUCAUGGUAUUUUGGAUCGCGAGAAGGCGGGCAUCGUUGGUCAGUUGAUCUAUCAUCUUAUAGCGGUGAACGAGGCACUGGCACACACCACUUCCACGGAUGAAUUCGAUGUGCUUCGCCUGUGUCACCCAGCCGCUGUGACCAAAGAUCAUCAUUUUAUACAGUUCCUCAAGAGGGUCAAUGAAGAAUUUGCAGAGUUUCAGUGUUUGGCGCUGUCCAAACUACUUACCUUCGCAAGCAAUCCGCAGCUUUCUGAGCCUGGACAGUUAGAGAUGAAAGAGAAAUGUUUGAAAAAAUGGCAGCUCAGCUCAAUCGAACGUCAGCCUAGACCAUGGCCGCUCUUAUCAAUCAAUCCUUCUCCACUCAUUCACCAUGUUCUCGGAGAUGGGGAGAAGAUAAAGACGUUGAAACCUGUCCCCAUAGAACUCUGCCCAAGUAAUCGCAUGAGAUUCUUCUCUUCCACUGAUCUCGAAAGGAUAGGAUAUAUCAUGAGCAGCCGGAUUACCCUCCUCCUUGCUUCACCAUCGAAACUAGCAUCGUCUGAAUUGUCUUCAUCGAUGCUUAUCUACUCUAGGGGCAGUCACACGUCGGAUAUUCACUGUACGAUUGAUGGCACUCAAUGGGAACGACUGGACCAGAUGAUUCCAUACCUCAAGCCGAGGCUUCCCGCUGGCACGUUGGUUUGGGGUCAGCCAACUUUCGAAUACCACAGGAAAAAUGGUCGCCGCAAGCAUGCCCUCACAGUGCUAGACGCCGCUUGUAUUUACGGUCAGGAUUGCCGCCAUCUUCCCUACAGAAAGCGAAUGGAAUUAUCGGAGCGCAUGGCGGAAGUUGUCAAUUUCCCUGGCAUGUUCCAAUCGUCAGUGCGCGUCCCUCCGAUGAUGCCAUUGCAAGAUUUACCGGCUUGUAGUAAGAAGCUUCCUUUACUCACUUGCAAGGAUGCACCCGGCACGAUCCCGAUGUACUUGUAUUCCGACGGGUAUGCUUUUCAGCCCCAUUCAGUGUUACUGGUUGAACACUUAGCUGGAGAUUGGGGCGAAGCCGUCAGUCGGUCUAACGGACAGAUCUACUACUUUAAUCCGCAGUUGUCCGAUUCCACUUUCGAAUUACCCAAGGACCAACAUCUCGCCUUCACUCAAACACAAUUUGUGAAGGUUCCUUGGGUGGUGGACGGUCAACGUCAUGUAUCCGUUCAGCAGUUGAUUCAAUCAUUGGAACAUACUCCCGUGUAA